UCCAAAAUGGCGGCUGGUUACUUGGAAAUUGUUUGUUUUGAAUAUCCACUAGAAAUUUUGAACUACUGACUUGUAAUUUUGCAAGAAAUGUUUAUGGUGGAACAUGGUUAAGCAAGGAAUUCAGAUUUAUGCCCGUGUAAAGCCAACAAAAGCAAAAACUGCAGAGUCUUACGACAUAGAAGAAGCAGAUGAUUCGUCCAUUGUCACUAUCUCUGUCCCCAAAGAUCUUGCAGAUGGAUUCAUUAACAACAAGAGAGAUAUUUACAAGUUUAGGUUUAAUAGAGUUUUUGACCAAAAAUGUACUCAAGAUGAAGUAUUUGAAAAUGUGGCUCAAGGAGUUAUAGAUAAUGUCCUUGCYGGCUAUAAUGGUACAAUUUUUGCAUAUGGGCAGACUGGUUCGGGUAAAACCUUUACAAUCACCGGUGGAGCAGAGAAGUAUUCUGAUAGAGGUCUUAUUCCAAGAGCACUGUCGUAUGUCUUUGAAUACAUUGAAAAGAAUUCAGAAAUGGUGUACACAAUCCAUAUUUCAUACUUGGAAAUUUAUAAUGAAAGUGGAUAUGACCUUCUUGACCCUAAACAUGAAGCAUCCAAACUAGAAGACUUACCUAAAGUUACUCUUCUAGAAGAUGGUGAUGGUUCCUUCCACUUAAAAAACCUAUCUUUGCACCAAGCAACCAAUGAAGARGAAGCAUUAAAUUUGCUGUUUCUUGGUGAUACCAACAGGAUGAUAGCUGAGACUCCAAUGAAUCAAGCAUCAACAAGGUCUCACUGUAUAUUUACAAUCCACAUUUCCUCAAGAGAACCUGCUAAAGCUACUAUAAAAAGAGCUAAACUCCAUUUAGUAGAUCUGGCAGGUUCAGAGAGGAUUGGUAAAACUGGCAUUGGAGGAACACUACUCACAGAAGCCAAGUACAUUAAUUUAUCACUACACCACCUUGAGCUGGUUAUAGUAGCUUUGUCUGAAAAGUCCAGGAGUCACAUUCCUUACCGUAACUCCAUGAUGACAUCUGUUUUACGAGACAGUCUUGGUGGUAAUUGUAUGACUACGAUGAUUGCAACUUGCUCUGUGGAGAAAAAGAAUUUAGACGAAUCCAUCUCCACCUGCAGGUUUGCACAGAGAGUAGCUAUGAUUAAAAAUUAUGUUCUCCUGAAUGAAGAAACUGACCCUAAAUUAAUAAUUGCUCAAUUAAAACGAGAAGUCCAGCAGCUCAAGGCUGAGAUUGCGAUGCAAACAGGAGAGCAAUAUACUGAAGACUUGACUGAAAGUGAAAUAGAAAGACUAAAGAGAAUGGUUUCAAGCUUCAUUGAUGAUUCAGACCCUGAAGCCACCCUCAGUGUUGGUGCUGACAUGAGAAAGAUUAACAUGUGCUUCUGGUUGCUAAAGGGUCACGUUCUUGAUAAACCAAAGGGUCUGUCUCCAUCAGAAAGUUUUAGAUCUAGAGAUGAUAGCAAUAGUGUAGACAGCAGUUACCUUGGACAWCACACUGAAGUAUCCAAGCUGAAGGAACUAAUAAAACAACGCGAUAACGAGAUCAAUAUUCUUGUGAAUAUGUUGAAAAAGGAGAAGCAACGUACUGCUGGUGGUAUAACUAAUGGACCAUUGCCACAACGUAGUUCUAGUCAGCCUAUCAAUGAACCUGAAAGAGACGUGUAUGAUCAGCAUCAAUUAAAGAAAAGUCAUUCAGUGGACCGAUCUUCAACAAAGGAUGAAGAGGAGACAAGCAGUCGUGAAGAGGAGCCGCCCGCCUACAAACGAAAACUAGAGGAAAUGUCUGUUGGGCGCAAAGAAGCCUUUGAAGUAUUCAAGCGAGAUUAUCCUCACAACGAUGCUAUCGACGAACACAAGCGUAACCUGAAACAGAGGUACAGCGACGCUAAACAAUGCGGAGAACAAGUCAACUCAUCAAGGCUGAAAAUAAAUAAACUAAAAACACAAAUUGAACAACAUCGGGUGAGGCAGUCAAUGCAAGGGUUGAUGUCCGGUGAAGACAGCGAACGCACAAUAGACGCAGAGGAAUCCAGACUUCGUCAAGCCAUGGAAGACGAAAAGUUAAGGUACAAGGAGAACUUCACGGCUCUACGCUCAAUGAAAACAGAGAUUGAACACUUGCAGCAUUUAUUGGAAAAAUCCAAAGUUCAGAUGCAGAAAGACUUUGAAAUAUGGUGGGCCGAACAGGCUGCGUUAACUGCGAACGACUCUAGAAACCAUGUUGCAAAUGCAUGGAGGACUCCACCUCUAUCUCCCAUUAAACCCUCGACAGAAAGGCCUCCUUCAGCCUCAUCAGCACGUCGUCAUAGAAACCGUCAAUCAUCAUCCAGCAGUUCUGGAAAGAUGGCGAAUAAACUUCGAGCAGAGGCUCUACUGGCGUCGUCAGGACUCACRAGUAACUUSUCAACGAGCAGMGGUUAUUCGUYGGAGAUGACGUCAAGCGGARGCGUGGACAAUGCRCGUGACAGUCACGCCAAGAACUCGCACAGCUCAUCAAGGAUUACUGGGUCUAGUAUACCGCUGACCGGCGACAGUCAAGCAGAUGAAGAUAUCAAAGCGUUUAUACRAGCGAGACAGAAUAUAUUACAACAGAAGGGCCACAGAUGACACAAGAUUUUAAUAUAUUCAUAAAUUAUACAAAUACCGCGACAUGGUGAAGGCCAACCACUGCACUUUAUGUAUAUUACUUCUGGGCAAGUCAAACUGAUUAUGAAUAAAUUAUAUCGACAA